AUGCAACGACAAGGAUUCAAUCCUAACCAAAUGUCCUCUCCGUAUAGCUUUUACAACACCUUGUACUCAGCUGAUCCCCCGUAUGACUCUGGACGGUCCUACGAAAUGCCACCAUAUCAGAUGAAUUUUGAGCCGUUGGAAAGUACCGCAACGGAUCCAAUAGCAGGAUUUUAUUAUGAAAAUCGACCGGUUUUGUAUUUUGACUACACAAUGAGUGGCAUUCCAAUGACUAAUCUGGGAAAUUCAGCGUUUCAUAAUGACACCAGUACGAACAAUUUCGACUUCGGUCAGUCAAGUCAACGCAUGAUUCGCAGUGAGGAAACUCUUCAAAAUGAUAUGAAAUUCAAACAGCAUAAGCGCAAUCAAUCACCAAGCAAACACAAAGAAACUUCUCCCUUUUCUCCGCCGAUGCCUGAAACUAAUCGAGGUACCAUCUCGAAAAAAUCCACCAUCAGAAACCUUGAUAUGGAAAAGGAGCUACGACGUCUACGAAAUAACGAGGCAUCUAGAAAAUCUAGACGAGAGAAGAAACGAAGGUUUAUUGAAAUUGAGCGUCGUGUAGAGGAGAUGAAAGCCUCAAACAAAAAUUUAGCCGAGUUCGUUCAAGAGUUGGAUUCAAUUAUUGAAGAAACGAAGGCCGUUCUUUUCACUGUCAGAGGGAAUGAAAAUUCCUGA